AUGUAACAUCAGAACAAGAUUGACGCUGUGUCUUUAUUAUCCCUCUUUCAAAUACAAUCGACAAUCAGCAAAAUAUGAUAUGACCUUAUAACAUCUGCGCCCGCAAACAACGGCUUGCAGACAGUCUCUUACAUAUUAGUUAUUGCCUUGGAUCUGGUCUCGUGAGCCCCUAGCACAUUUCUCCACCAUCGAGCGUCGAGCGUCCACCACCCCAUACCCAAAACGAAGCCAUAUCCCGUCGAGCCUGUUAGAGCUGCACAGAAAUUGAAUUACAGGUGGGGUUCAGUGCAACGACGAUGUCUCUGCGACUGCACUCAAGCGGGUACAACCGCCAACCCUAGCUGCUAACUUAGAAGUUAGGCCAUUCCAUUAGUUAGGUUGUCUUGUCAAUCAUGAUAGCCCAUCUCAUGAGUGAGACUUUGAGCGUUGUUGUCCUACGAAACGGCGAGACAUUCCUUUGGCGUUGACGUUGUUCGUUCUAGUCAGUCAUUGGUUGCUUGUCGCCUGUACGCUUGGAACAUUGUCCUAUCAUUCAUACGCAUUCUCCGGCAGUUGGUGCUGUUACCAGACCUGGCCCUCCAUCAGAGAACAGACUAAGCAACCUAGUGGCGCUCAACUGCAGCUAUCGAGGGUCCUGGAGAUUGAGACGACCGCGUCUUUAGUCAAACAAACGUCUUAUCAUGCCUGGUAGAAGAACUGGUUCUUGGUAUCUAUCAGUAACCCGACCCCCUGCUGGUUCCAUCCAACCCUGCCAACCCAAUUACAAGCUCAAAUGCAAAACCAAAACCCAAAACGAGGAGCCGCUGACCAUCGGCUAUCGUGUGCACAGGGCACAGGCGUUCUUGAACUAUCCUUGGCUGCGAUAAGCGUCAUGUCCUUCGUCUGUUGGCGCGCCCACUUCCACUAUGGUCCAAGUUGAGCUGCGUGCCAUAUGACCCUGAGCCGAGUCUGCCCUCUUUCUCUUGUUUGUCCGCUUGUCUGCUUCCUCUCAAUUCCUUUCCUUUUUCCCCUUGCACCUCUUCAAACUGUUCGUCGACAGUUGGGCGAAAUCUCGUCAAUUUGGCCGAGUCUGCAGACCCUGUCCGCUGUUGCGUUGCAUACCUUGAUUGCAACCAUCCUUCCAACUUUCUAGUUUUUUCUGCAGCCUUCGCCACCCCGACGCUUAACUUGGCGGUCCAGGACUAUUGUUAAGAAACACGGAGUGCCUUCUUGGGUCUAAUCAGGCAACGCGAAACACGACGAGAAGGACAUACCAAUAACAAACGUGAAGUUGGCGGCGAUACACGAUUACAAUGUCUCCGGCGCGGAAUCCUACGAGCUGGGAUGACUACCAAGGGGGAGCUUCGCCUCGGGGAAGCGUGACCGACAGCAUGCUUGAGCGCGAACAAGCUCUCGUGGACGACGAAGGCGACGAAACUGGCGACCAAGAAAAUGGCGAAGGUUUUUCGAGGCUACGAAGGCGAUCUUCCGUCACCUACCAGUUGGCAGCAAUCGCAGACAUUGGUGGUGUAAACAGUUUCCGAUCUUUCGCCCGGAGCUGGCAGCGAGCGGCAGGAUUUCCUGAGGUUAUUCCUCGCCGACCGAGCUUUGUUCUUGCGCCAGAGCAAGAUACAGAAGACCUUCAGUAUGGUCGCAGCCAUGUUCAAGGAUCGUCGCAACAACAAUCGGGUCUUUUGCGCCAACAUCUUGAUGCGUCGUCUUCGCAUGCGAACGGCGAGCCAAGCUCAGCCAUUGAGUCCUCACCGAGGUCAAUGAGGAUCCCUCAUCGUGAUGGCGAGACGAAGCCUCUACUUGAUGUCGAAGCUGGCUCGUCCCCUGUUGGGUCACCCCGAUCAAGUAUCUUCGCUGUCCCGCCUCACCUCGCAGCUCCCGAUAUUGUUGGAAGCUAUGGUUCAUUCCGAGACUCUUCUCCUUUUGGAACAAUGGACAGGAGUUCGCGCCAUCGCAUUUCGUUCAGUGAGGGCAGCGGCUGGGGUGUAGCUGACGAGGAAGAAGAAGAGGGCGAGGGUGCAGCGCAUGGCGAACAUCAGCCCAUCCUGGUCAAAGAGGUUAAGCAGGGCAAUAAGGUUGUACUUGCUGUUGAAGGCCAGAGCACUCUUCCUCAGUCCGUCUUCAACUCGAUUAAUGCCCUAAUUGGUGUCGGGUUACUCAGUCUCCCACUGGCCCUGCAGAUGACAGGUUGGAUCCCCGGCCUGUUUCUUCUCACUCUGACAGCGGCUGUUACGUCGUACACGGGCAAGCUGCUGGCCAAGUGCAUGGAUUUUGACCCCAGCCUCAUUACGUAUUCCGACCUGGCGUAUAUCUCGUUUGGAACCCGAGCGCGGGUCAUUGUUUCUGCCCUUUUCAGUCUUGAAUUGAUAGCAGCCUGUGUGGCUUUGGUGAUCCUCUUUGCCGACUCGCUCAGUCUGUUACUUCCGGGUCUUGCGAGCGUCAACACAUGGAAGGUUGUAGCUUCUGUCAUGGUUCUGGUCCUGAAUGCGUUGCCUUUGCGCCUGUUGAGUUACACCAGCGUUGUUGGUAUUUUCUCGACCUUCUGCAUUGUCGUGAUUGUCAUUAUUGAUGGCCUGUACAAGCCUCACUAUCCUGGUUCACUGCGAGAGCCAGCGACAACCUAUCUAUUCCCCGAGAAUUGGCUUGCUGUGCCUCUUGCCUACGGCCUCCUCGCAAGCCCUUGGGGUGCGCACUCUGUUUUUCCAUCCAUCUAUCGUGACAUGCGUCACCCUUACAAAUGGGGCAAGGCCGUUAAUGUUACCUUUUCCUUCUCUUACAUCGUGGAUACAUGCCUGGCUGUCAUUGGUCUCCUAAUGUUUGGUGAUGGUAUCAAGGACGCCAUCACCUCCAACAUUCUCAAAUCAAAGGGCUAUCCUGACGCUCUGAAGAUCAUCAUGUCCAUCUUCAUUGCUAUUAUUCCCUUGACAAAGAUCCCUCUCAACGCUCGCCCCAUUAUCACAACUUUGGACGUCAUCUGUGGAGUUCACGAUCAUCAACACCAUCACCAUCAUGACCAGCCUCACAGCCAGCCUACUCGUUCCUCAGUUCUGGUCACAAAGUCAGUGCGAGGCCUCGUGCGCGUUUUCGUCGUCAUUCUUCUCUUGUUCAUCUCUAUUGUCUUCCCGGCAUUCGACUCUGUGUGUGCGUUCCUCGGUGCGGCCCUUUGCACGCUCAUUUCUAUCAUUCUGCCCAUCUCAUUCUACUUGAAAUUGUACUGGCAAGAUGUGACAGUGCGCGAAAAGAUUGUUUCUGCUAUUCUACUGGUUGUGUUUGCCAUCCUUGGCACGUUGGGAACAAUCUGGACAUUCUUGCCCAAGCAUCUCAUUGGCGCUGACUAGACUGUGUUCGUUUGAGUAUGAAAGGCAUCUACUGGAGUUGUCACGCAUUUGUGUGUUAUGUCCCAAAGGAAUCGCAUCGUCAUUUACUUUACGAGAAGGGUUAUAGGACUAUGAAUAAUACGUUACCAAUGAGCUUCCGAGCUCUAUUUGUUUUUACCAACACUUUUCUCACGCAAAUUGCGCCUUUGAUCCUCGACCUGUUUGUUGUGAGAUACAUAUGUGAUGUUUCACCGCUUUAACUUCACACACUUACAUCACGCGUGACGGCACCACAGUGUGCAUAUCCCCAUUUACCCUCAUCUCCUUUUUAUCCGUAUCUUGGCUUGUGUGAGUGGCAGCGUCAUCAGUGAACCUCCUCAUGUUCCUGAUAGUCAGACAAUACUUGAGACUUGAGUCUCUCGAGACGUAAUGAGCAUACCUAACCAUCAUUAUCGAUACAUAAAAUCCGAGUACAAUCAAGACCACCUUGCCAAUGUCUCCUGUCUCUCCUAAGCUCAUCUCUGCGGUUCUUCCACCCCGCUGCUGAUCCCCCAACUGCCGCUCCCAUGACAUGACAUGCCAUACCCCAGCUUCGACCCCUCUCUCAACUUGUUUCGUCACGCCAUGGCUUCGUUCGCUCUCAUCCAAUCCGACCUUCCGGGAAACGAGAGAAGCGGUAACAAUGGGUAGGAGAAUUGACAAGUCCCGAGGAAACAGGCCGAUCGGGCCGUCCGAGGGUGGAUUGCGAGUCGUAUACCUAUUUUGGUUUAGAAUUGUCAUGAGUGUAGCCGCACGUUAGUCACUACUAGUUGAUGGCUUAGGGAGCAGGAAACCUGUCUUGGUCUGGGAGUGUGCAUUGGUAUCAUGCCAUGCUGCCUUUAGCCAAAGUUGCACAAGGUCAAGAGGCAAAGCCUGGGCAUGACGUUGUGCCUAGUAUCGAGUGAAACUAUAUGUGUCUAUGCUUAGGAACAUUAGACAACUGAGAAGUGAGAUACGUCCAGUUGAGUAUAACGGCAAGUUAGUAUAGGAAAACGAAACAAAGACUUCACAUAGCUAAGACGAAUAGAUAGUGUUUGAGUAGGUACUUCUGGUAUUUAUUAUUCUAGAAUAUCCUAUACACAGAAAGCGAGUGAGGCUCUCAUCAUAAUCCAAGCAACGCCCGAAAUAUCUUCGAGUAUCGCGCCAGGGACUCAAGACGGCCAAACUACAUUUGAAGGCUGAUGGGAGUCAAUCCCGUUUACCAACCUCC